CAAUCCAAAGCAAAACAAAGAGAGUGUACUGAUUUGCAUGUAAAUCGAGCUGCAAAUUCAAAAUAAUUGCGAUAAUAGCUCUUUUCGCACGAAGCCAGUGUGUGUAAUUGCACGGUACUGAGCUGCAUUUUGCAUUGCCAAAUUGGCAGAAAGUCGCAAUCGAAUUCCGCCCAAGAAAACAACAAUACGCAGACACACACAGACGCAGAGCCAAACGACCCCCCGCUCUUCGUAACCGCCCUACAUUCCGAAUUCCUUCCGCUCCCUAAAGGUGAACUAAAGUGAUCUAAAACGGUCCCAACAUGACUGCAGCGCCGUACAACUAUAACUACAUCUUCAAGUACAUCAUCAUCGGUGACAUGGGCGUGGGCAAGUCCUGUCUGCUCCACCAGUUCACCGAGAAGAAAUUCAUGGCCAAUUGCCCACAUACUAUUGGCGUGGAGUUCGGAACACGCAUCAUCGAGGUGGACGACAAAAAGAUCAAGCUACAGAUCUGGGACACAGCGGGCCAAGAGCGCUUCCGGGCUGUCACACGCUCCUAUUACCGGGGAGCAGCCGGUGCUCUGAUGGUCUACGAUAUUACCAGACGUUCCACAUACAAUCACUUGAGCAGCUGGCUCACCGACACUCGCAAUCUCACCAACCCCAGCACUGUGAUCUUUCUCAUUGGCAAUAAGUCGGAUCUGGAGAGCACUCGCGAGGUGACCUACGAGGAGGCCAAGGAGUUUGCCGAUGAGAACGGGCUCAUGUUUCUCGAAGCUAGUGCUAUGACUGGCCAGAAUGUCGAGGAGGCUUUUCUAGAGACCGCUCGCAAGAUUUACCAGAACAUCCAGGAGGGUCGGUUGGACCUCAACGCCUCUGAAUCCGGAGUUCAGCACCGGCCUUCGCAGCCCUCACGAACUUCGCUGAGCAGCGAGGCUACGGGCGUCAAGGAUCAGUGCUCGUGCUAAAUGGAUGCACCUUAACUUUACACAACCCUAGAUAUACAAAUCAAGUUUUAUUUUUAGCCGACUCGUAAUCUACUGAAGCCCAAGCUAAAACCAAUGUAUGUAGUUCAAUGAUUCGAUUAAGCAUUAAUGUGUGAGCCAACAACAGCGACAGCAACCACAAAAAAAAAAACACAAAAUAUAAAAGCGCCCUCCCCGAUAAUAAGACACAACUUCAACAUAUAUAAUAUCUAUUAAGCAUAAAUAUUAAAAAAAAAAAUUGGACACGUUUGUUGGUUAGUGCGAAUAUUUCUCACGCAUCGUUAGAGAAACCAAAGUUUUGACUAUGAAAUUUCGAAAAGUUUAUCGCUCUUUUCUAAGCACCAACACUCGUUUGGCCCCAAUAUAUAGCUAAAUACGUUCGAUAGACCAAGAUUUCUGUUAGUUGUAUCCCUGUAUAUAUAUGAAUUUUUGUAUCUCCUUUUAUCUAUCAUAUUUUGUUGAGUAUUUGUUGUAGUCGCGUGCAAGGAAGGGAGAAAACGAUCAAUGUUAUAUGAAUAUUAACGAUGUAUUAAUGGCAUAAUGCAAUAGGUAAUAAAAAAAAACCGGUAUUUAUAAAGCCCCUA